AUGUCUCAUUGCUCUGUUGAAGAGCUGCGUACAGGUUUAACGAAUGCCACGAAGGAGACUCACAAUCUCUGGGAAGAGAAUAAAGAUCUUCAGGGGCGGUUUGUGAACGACCUGAAUGAGAUAUCUCGAAUACAGCAAGCCAUAGCGCAGUUGGAAAGAGAGCAUCGUCAAGAUCAGCUGCAACAUGCUCGACACUCAAUGACAGAAAUGCAGAGAAGAGCGUCACAGUUAUAUUCAGUUCUGACAACGAAAAGAGAGGAAAUUGUAAAGAAGCUAAACGAUGGAACUAAUUUUGUUGCCUUACUGCAGAAUCAAUUAAUUAGCGAUCGUCUUUUCGACUGGAAAAAUCGUCAAAAGUUAGCGCAGGUUGGUGUACCAUUCGACAACCGAGACGUCAACUUAGAUGAGAUACAGAUGGAGUUUGAAUUCCUCGCAGAGCAAAAUUGGCAACUACAUAUGUUUGCGAGUUGGACACUAGACUUACUUACCCGGGGACCGCAAAUCAAUGACAAUCAUGCUCAUUCAACUGCUUCGAAUUUGACAACAUUGGCCGAUCAGCUUACGAAAUUGCUCUUCAUGCUGGUUUCUCAAAGUUUUGUGGUAUCAGUGCAGCCUGAACCUGUGCUGAAGACGCAACAUAAAUUUGUCACAGAGGUCCGUUUGUUGAUCGGAGACAAAUUAGGCAUUCGACAACAUCUGGUGAACACAAAUGUUACCGUCAAGAUCAUCGCCGAGGAAGAAGCCAAACUGCUUAGUGCAACGCAGAUGAAUCAUAAAGACAUCAAGACCGUGGGUAGUAUUAGCAACGACUACGAAAAGAUGACAAUGGACGAAAGAGGACAUAUGGCUGCUAAGUUCAACAACUCGAAGCUGACUCGUAUCGCUCACCGGAAACCACCUCCGAAAGGAACGACAGCAGAUAUGAAAUGCGUCGUCAGUGCUCAAGCAGCUACAGAUCAGAAAUAUGCUCUCCUUUUCCAUAUCAGCCCGUUUCAACUCGGAACUCUCGGGAAAUUUGACGUAUGGACGCUAUCACUACCGCUCAUGGUGACAGUUCACGGCUCCCAAGAUUGCGAUGCGCAAGGAGCCAUCGUUUGGCAUCGUGCCUUUGCUUCAGUGUCACGCUCGCCUGGUACCACUGACAUCACCGCGGUGGCAUGGAAGGAUCUCGGUCACGUCUUACGUCACAAAUUCACGUUGUUCACUGGAGCACGUCGUCCGUUGUCUGACGCCGACCUAAAUUACUUGUCUGAAAAAUUGUUAGUCCCAAAUGUUCCUGAUCAGAAACCAAUCACGUUCCAUCGUUUUGCUAAGCAAAACCUUCGGGAUGACGUUUCAUUUUCGUUUUGGGAAUGGUUUUUUGCGAUCAUGCAGCUUAUCAAACAAAAGUUACUGAAGUUCUGGGAUGAAGGAUGGUUGGUUGGAUUCAUAUCAAAGCAGGACGCUUCGCAAUCUAUGAUGAUGGCUAGUCAUCCAACAUUUCUUUUACGUUUCAGUGAUACCCAGACGGGAGCAGUUAGCAUAGGGUUUGUGUGUGAAGAUGACGAUGGCCAAAAAGUUCCAUUUCAUCUUGCACCGUUUUCUAUAAAAGAUCUCGAUCAGCUUUCUCUAGCUCAACGCAUUGCCAGUUGCCCUCAACUGAAAGAGAUAAAGUAUCUGUAUCCUCAUAUGGAUAAGGAUGAAAUGCUGCGAUACUUUGAUAGCGAGGAACGGAAUCGUGGUGGACCAGACAGUCCUACAGGAUACAUUCAGUCUGAAAUUGUAAUGGUUGCGAAAACUUCCAACAAACCGUCGUCGUCUUCGGUCCUUAGUGGAGGAGAUUCCCCGUCGCCUCUUUCUGUGCAAUCGAAGUUAGAUUGGUCUCCUGGAGAGGUCAUCCAACCAAUUCAAUCAAUGGAUGUCGGGGACGACCUCGCAUCAAUGCUAUCAUCAUCUGGUCUCGACAGCUGCAGUGGUCAAGGAGAUGUCGAGUCACUUCUGGGUCCUGGGUUCAGGCCGCAGUUACCUUCCCAACCUUUGCAGCAUAUAGAUUUGUCGUUUGUCGACUCUUACAACAAUCCGGCUUUUUAUCGACAUGAAUAG